AUCGGAGCCUUUUCAAAACCUGACAGUAGCCUUUGAAAUUAAUUAUACAUUUCAUGGAUUUGGCAUGUUGCGAUGGUUGGAUGGAGUACCGAAAGGAUCGUUGAGAAAUCGGAAAACCAACCAAGGAUACCCAUGAUUUACCCAGUUUUGGACUAGCGUUAGCUGAAGUAUUGUUUGCUUAUCCAAAGGAGUGGAGCUCUAAUUCUGAAACGGACGAAACUGCUUCACCACCAAUAAGGUAUCGCCCAUAAAUUCAAAAAAUUAAAAAAAAAAAAACCAUUUGAUACUUUAUCGUCAGUUAUGAAAGGGCAACAAUAUGAAUUCAAUCUGUUCAAAAAUAUAUGUUUGGUAAUAGUGGGUUAAGUGGGUUAAGGUGAAGCUAUGCAGCUCGUUUGGAUGAACUAUAAUGUUUAAUAUUAUUACAACUAAGCAAAAUUUCUUUUUCAUCGGUAUAUUUGCGGUAUAUUUUGAAAAUGAGCAUGCUAUUUCCGUAUAUUUCUGAGGGUUGGAUGGUAAAUUUGUUCGAUAAAUCCGCGGUCACACUGACUUUUAGUCACUUACCAACACUGACCGCGGCCUGCUUCAAAAAAACACGAAUGAACAAGUCGCAAAAGCCAAGUAUUCUGCAAGUGUAAAACGUAUCGGAUCUGCUAUGCAAUGCCACCAAAACGUGCAAAGAUCCCUCUAGCUACGCGGAGUCAAUCCAAAGAUAAUCGCCAGUCACUCCGCUGCCCAAGUUCAGCGCUGAAAGACAUGGAAAAUCAGACGCUAAGAUAUUCCGUAUUUAACUGGGAAAUAGACCUCUCCGAUGAAGAUCAAACUCAUGAUCAAGCACGCGAAGUGUUUUCGUUGUCGCCGUGCUUCGAAACGGUUGAAAACGAUGUGGAAAUAGAAAAUCAGCCGGUGCCCUCGUACGAAUCGGAGGAUACGAAAUUUGAUUUUAGUAGCGAGUAUGCCAAUGAAACAGAUGCCCUCAUAGUCGUCAGCAGUGCGGAGUAUCAAACAAGGAAGACGGAUUUCGACAAGCAUGUGAAGAGGGUCUUAGCGUUGGAGCAGCGUAAGCGCGAACUUGAGGCUGGAGCACUUCAUAGUGAGGAGCUGGAAAACAUCAAAGCGAUUUUGCAAAAGGACAAUGAUCUUAUGCUCAUAAAAGGCGAGCUUUUAGACGCUCUGCUAGUGGAUGAGGAGCAGCGCGAGAAUUCCGAGCCUCAAGGGAGCGUGAAGCCAAAGUGGUCCAACUUGUUUUCUGGGCUGAAUCGCCAUCGGGACAAAGCCGCCACCACUCCCGCUGAGUUUUAUCAGCACAAGGCGAACAUUAUUUCCAGCCUAAAGACCAUCUAUGAGCCAAAAGAGCCCACACCCAGUGGAGAUGAGUUUGCUGAGCAGUCCUCGCUCCUGCUGGUGGGCUUGCUGAAGCAUCAGAAGAGCGGUCUGAGAUGGAUGCAGUUCCGGGAACGGCAGGAAAUUUGCGGUGGCAUCCUGGCAGACGACAUGGGGCUGGGAAAGACUCUCAGCAUGAUUUCCCUGAUCUUGGCUUCUCUGGAGGCAAAGAAACUCAAACAGGAGAAGAAGAAAAAGGCCUUGGAGGCCAAAUGGAGUAAAAUAUUCGAGCGGAUGCCAGUUAAGAAGAUGCCAAAGUUUCACAUUUUUGAUGAUGAUGAUGACGAGGAGGAGCAGGAAGACCAAAAAGCAGAAGAGAGUUAUGAACCGCCCCCAAAACGCCCGUGUCCUGAGAUAUCCCAUGUAGCCGAGUCUGAAGAAGAAGAAGACGAGGAAGAUGAACGUGGUCCCUAUCCGGCCGCGGGCACUUUAGUGGUCUGCCCACUGAGCGUGAUGUACCAGUGGAGCCAGGAAGUCGCUUCUAAAGUGGCACCAAAUGCCAUUAAGGUUUUGAUCUUUCAUGGACCUAAUCGGCAUGAAAUCAGCUUAGAGCAGUUUAGAAGCCACGACUUGGUUAUAACAACGUACCAUACCGUCGCCUCUGAGGUUGGGAAACGUGGCAAUAGUUCCCGUCUGCUGGCCGUCCAGUGGAAACGCCUCAUCCUGGACGAAGCCCACAUAAUAAGAAACACUAAGACUUACUGCUUCCAGUCGGUCUACCUUCUGCGCGCACAUUGUCGUUGGGCACUGACAGGCACACCCGUUCAGAACAGGGCCAUCGAUGUGUUUGCGCUGCUGCGCUUCUUGAACGUGCCGCACUUCACGGAUCUGAAUCGGUGGAAGAAGGAUCUGAACAACGGCAUGCAAGGUCACUUUCGGCUUAGCCUCAUUAUUAAGCCGCUGAUGCUGCGUCGCACCAAACAGGAGCUGCAAGCCUCCGGGGACAUGCCCCCACUGCCUGAAUUGAGAGUCGAGCUGGUAAACGUAGAGCUCUCGGAGCCUGAAAUGGCGGUCUAUCAGAUAAUGUCGGCGAUUUCAAAAAAAAUCUUUACCCAGUUCUUGAUGCAGCGCGAGGUAGGAAACAACGACUUAAACUACUAUUCUGCGCAGCAGAUGCCACAAUUCAUCACCAAUAAUGUUGAGGAAAAAUAUAUAAAAAUAUACGAGCGAUUCCUUCGGUCGCUUGGCUACGAUCCCAAAGAAAAGGUGAUGGGAAUCGUUAUUCUGGUGCUCCUUCUGCGCCUUCGUCAAUUUUGCUGCCACCCCUGUCUUAUGAUUAAGAUGUUUUUGUCCAUGGAUGAAGCCAUGCCCAUGGAUGAUCUAAGGUCGGAUGUCCGGCAAGUUGGCGGCUCGUUGCAGAUAGAUGCACUAAAGGAGUUGGAAAACUACUCAGCUGGUGAUUGCAGCUCCGACGACGCAGCACCAAAGCAGGCUGAAAUGAAAAAGAAAAUUAAAAAGGAAGAAAUCCAGACUCAGGUAAAGGUGGAAAAUAUCAAAUGGGACAAAGUAGAAACCCAGGAAGAACCUCAAGAAGGGGAACUAAAGAUAAAAGUCGAAUGUAUUAAGAAGGAAGAACCCCUAUACCCCAAAACCGAAGAAACUAAAGGAGAUAAUAUUAAGAAAAAGGACGAAAACGUCCUUAGCGACUUGGCCGGAGCCAUGCGACUGCUUAAUAUAAAAAAUCCAAUUUUUAAUUCAAGUCAGUCGUCGGCCAAAAUGAAAAUAGUCAUUCAGAAACUGCAGUCGAUCCUCGUAGAGACGACUGACAAGGUCAUCGUUGUGUCCCAAUGGACAUCUUUUCUAGAUGUAAUUAAAGAUUAUCUGCAGGAACGUGACUGGCAGACGCUCGAUUUUAAUGGCAAGAUGGAUGCCAAGCAACGCGAAGAGGUCCUCAAAGAGUUCAACACAGUGGCGAAUGACAAGCGGGUGCUGUUGCUCUCCCUUACCGCUGGCGGUGUUGGGCUCAACCUGAAUGUGGCCAACCACUUGCUGCUGGUGGACUUGCACUGGAACCCGCAACUGGAGCGACAGGCGCAGGAUCGCAUCUACCGCUACGGCCAGCAGAAGCCCACCUUUAUUUACCGCUUCAUGUGCCAGGACACCGUGGAGCAGCGUAUCAAGGCCUUGCAGGACUACAAGUUGGAGAUUUCCAAUGUCGUGCUCCAGCCAGACCAAAGCGCAUGGCCGUCAGCUGGUGGAGGCCUGAGCAUGGAGGACUUGAAGAAGCUAAUUCUGAAGUGAGCCAUGCCCGCACAUAUCGGUUUGACAAUCCGAGUCCAUUUUUUUGUUUUUUGUUUAUUUGUUUUUAAGAAGAUCAGUAUUUGUUUUCCUUUAACAUUCAAUGUUAUUUUUCUAAGAAACGCUUUAAUCAGCCCUAUCGACAUACCAAAGACAAUAUAAGUAUUGUCUUUGGACAUACAUAUAUGUACAUAUACUCGUAGUCCAUAUGGUACACAGUCUGUUGUGUAUGUAUGUGCCCGAACGUGAAUUCGAUCUAAAAAUAUUCAAGUAUAUAUA